AUGGCAGAACCAGAACCAGAACCAGAGCCAGAGCCAGAGUCGCAGGCCGAGCCGGAACAGCCUGAAAAAGCUCUAAUUACUGAAAUGCAGAAACAGCCUACAUUGCUAGUGCCUACAACAGAAACAUCUAGGACUAGUGCCCAACUACUUGAAGUAGUGUUAUCUAUAGAUCAAGCACCAGAAGCUUCUGAGCCAAGUCCAAAACCUUCUGUGCCACAAAUUGAGAUUCGGUCUACUUCAUCUUUCCAAACUCUUGGAUCUUUGGUGACUCAGAAACAAAGUGAUUUUUCAAGUGCUUUGACCAGAUCAGUGGAAAGCAUUGUGCGGGUUCCAGAAACAGCACCUCAAGAAGUGGUACAACAGACUGCUCCACCAGCUCAAGUUGCUGAGGAACUUCUUGAGAAUGAGCCAAUGUCAACAGUUUAUCUAGAUCCUUUUGAGAUUUCUCUUCAAUAUGUGGAGAAGCAUAACAUCCUGCAGAUAUUUCAGGAGAUCACAGAAAACUUGGUAUAUGAGAAACCUGAGAAUCCAUUAGAGUUUAUAUUAAAACAGGUGCAGACAAUGAUAGAUCAGAGGAAUCAAGUAGAGGAAGAUGGAAGACAAUAA